UGACACAUUUCUAAAUUUCCAACUCUUCUCUCAUUACCAAAAACGGUAAUAUGAGACCUUUUUAGAUCAAAAUCUAGGGUUUUCCUUUCCCAUUAAUAAAAAUCUCAACUUUAUUUUUAUUUGUUCCAUCUGCUUCUUUGCUUCUUGAAUCUCCACUCGGCGUCUUCUUCCUCUUCUGUUGGAUUAUUUUGGCUUCAAUGGAGGAGGUGGAUUGCACUUUACCAGUCACGAAGACCACCACGGAACCCUCUGAUGCUUGUCCCACAGAGGAGGCCAUUCGAGCUUUGUUAGUCUACUUAGUCGACCCUUUGCUUCCAUUCAAAUCACAUGAUGUUCCCUCCAAACCUCUCCGCGAAUCUGUCGCCAAGCAGGUUCAUGCUCUUGUGUUGCUUUACAAUUAUUACCACAGAAAAGACAAUCCUCAUCUUGAAUGUUUGUCUCUUGAGUCCUUCCGUGACUUAGCUACGGAUAUGAGACCUGCUCUGCUGCAGCAUUUGAAGGAGGAGUCUGGACGAGAUGCUGAUUCAGAAUAUACCGUUCUGCUGGAGAAGGUUAUCGUGGAUGCAUGUCGUUUAUCCAUGGGGUUAGAUGCGUCUUCAGAUAUUUUUUUCUUGAACAAGUUGCCUAUAAGGAAAGUUGCAGUUCUGCUAGUUGAUUCGGAGAAGAAGAACUGUUAUCUUAAACACAGCUCCAUCACACAAGGUGUGUGGUCACUCCUUGAAAACCCCAUUGAGAAAGAGAAAGCUACUAUAGCUAAUCAGAAAGAAGAGGUCGUCUUUCAAAAAGUUGCAUUUGCUGCUGUUAAGGAGGCCGCAGGUGUUAAUCACAAGGACAUUGUGAUCUUGGAGAGGCAUUUGGUUUUCUCCUUGAGUGAAGAGAAGACUGCAGUCCGCUUUUACAUAAUGAAGUGCACUUCACAAGACAAAUUUUCUGGACAAAAUCCCAUUGAAGAAGUGCUUAGUUGUAUGCAGGGUCCUUUAUUUGAGAAGAGCUUCUCCGAGUGGGCCACAAAUUCCAUAGUGGAAUACUUUCAUGUUCUUCCAUAUGCCAGCCUCAUAGAAGAUUGGUUUUCCAGGCGAGGAGAAACUGAAUCUGUGAUAGAGAAAGAAUCAGAAGCUGUAUGUGAUGAUAUUGAAAGCAAUGACAAGGAAGAUGCAACCAAGGAGUCAGAAAAUUUUGACUUUUUUGGAAGAAGAGGAAAUGCUGCUUCAAAAAGGAGUUAUGAAAUUAACGCCAAAAAAGUUGCUGCUCUACUUAGCAAUCCUAGAGCUAGAAGAAAAGCUACUCCAAGGAUAUUAAAUCGAUACCUAAAAGGAAGUACAAGUUUUCUGAAGGAACCGAAUGCCCAUUUGGAGACGGUAUUUGGGUUGAAGUCUAAGAAUGUGCAUAAUGGUGAGAAAGGUGGUUUGGAGGAUCACAACGAAAGAGGUAUCCAGAGGAAGAAAGCUGUUUCUGACAGACUUCAUAGCUUUCUUAAGCUUAAUGCAGCUCCUGUUUCUGCUCACAACUCUAACCUAAACCUUGAGGAGCUACAGACGUCUCUUCUUUCUAGAGCUACAUCACUAUCCGAAACUGCAACGAAAGUUCUUCUUUGUAAGCGAGAUAAACUGACUCGUCAACAGCGGUACGUAGAAGACGAGAUUGCUAAAUGUGAUAAAUGCAUCCAGAACAUCAAAGGUGAUUGGGAGCUGCAAUUAGAAACAAUACUUGAGUGCUGUAACGAGACAUACCCAAGCCGCAUCCUUCAAGAAUCUUCUGACAAGUCAGCAUGCCAAAGCAACAAGAGGCUGAAGCUCAGUGAAUCGCUUGCUCCUACUAAAAGUCUGUGUCAGAAACUUGAUGAUAUCUGUCUCGUGAAUAACUGGGUACUACCAAACUAUCGUGUGUCUCCAUCAGAUGGUGGGUAUGAAGCUGAAGUAAGAAUCAAGGGGAAUCAUGUCGCAUAUACAGUACAUGGAGAGGAAAAGUCUGAUGCUGCGGAAGCUAGGGAAUCUGCGGCAGCGUGCUUGCUAACUAAGUUGCACAACACAACAGCUAACUUGUCAUGACUGAGUGAGAUCAAAGAGCAACUCAGAAACCAAACUAACUUCCAUCAUGAGUAGAAAAGUCCCGUAGAAAACAUUUACAAGAUGCCAAUAUUUGUACCAAUUCUAUCACUCAGUUCAGGCUUCGAGAUAUAUUACGAGAAACAAAA